AUGACAUUCCGGAGCACUGCAGAGGAAAUGGAGAGGCUCCAGCUCUCCGAUGACGAUUCUGAAGAUCUCUGGAGUUCGCCAUCCAAACGGGGACGACCUACGGAAUCAUUCGUAAACCUCCAAGCUAGCACCACCCCCCCGCCCCGGUCCUCCCAUGAGGGAGAAACGCUCUUUGACCGACAAGAGGCACGAGAGAUGGCGUUGCACAAUGAACUACAAAUGGUUCGGAAUAUCAAUCAAGUGAUCGAGGGGUUACUGGCUAGCCUGGACCGUGCCAAGGGAAACAUGGAUACUGUCUCUCGAACGGUUGACUCGUCCUCCACUCUACUGAACACUUGGACUCGAAUACUGGCCCAAACGGAGCACAAUCAGCGCUUGAUUCUCAACCGGAACUGGCAAGGAGCUGUCCAAGAUGUCGCGGAUAUGGAGAAUGAGGAGGUUCUCAGACAACAAGCUGCCCAGAGACGCGAACGGGAGCUCCAGCAACAGAAAGAAGCCGCUGCUCGGAAAGCAGAGGAAGAAGAGAAGAGAAGGGCGCAGUCAGCCAGCACGAGAGGCUCACGCAUUACAGCAACUCGAGGCAGGUUCGGUAGUACAGGACUGGGAAGGAACCCCAGUGUCUCCUACUCUGGGACCAGCUCCAGUGCAACCCGGACCACAUCUUCUGCGACAAAAGGGACAACUACAACGACGACACGGAGACCAGUUAGUGGUAUCGCAAGAGGGACGGGAGUUACGCGUGGUCAAAAACGAGGGAACGUAUAA